AUGUGUUCCUUACAUUUCAGCGAGGGUUCAGUGGUGGUAGAGGCAGAGCUUAUAUUCAACAGUGAGGAGUCUGUUCCUGAUGUCAGCAAUAUCACAAACACCCUGGUACAAGCUGCUUCAUCCAACAGUUCAGACUUUGCGGCCCUUGGAGUGGAUACCAGUAACAUUGUUGUUGAGCGCACCCCCCCACCUACACCUUCUUCUGAAUUAUGUGGUAGACCUACACUUUCAAGCAGGAUAGUUGGAGGACAGGACAGUGCUGAAGGAAACUGGCCUUGGCAAGCUAGCCUACAGAAAAAUGGUCAACAUUUUUGCGGGGGGUCCCUCAUCAAUAGACAGUGGAUCCUAACAGCUGCACACUGCUUCAACAGUUCUGAUCCAAGCCAAAUAACUGUGCACCUGGGCAUUAAGGAUCUGGAUGUAACUGGUGCAAAUGAGAUCACCAGGACUGUGGUCCAGAUUAUACUUCAUCCAAAAUAUGAUGACAUAACAAACAAUAAUGACAUUGCAUUGCUUCAGAUGAUAAGCCUUGUUACACUGAGCGACUACAUCAUACCUGUGUGUCUACCACGCCGCAACAGUGUCUUCCAUAAUGGUACUGACGGUUGGGUCACUGGUUGGGGAGACAUUGGAGAAGGAGUGUCUCUUCCAUAUCCCAGAGCUCUACAGGAAGUUGAUGUUCCUGUCAUAGGAAACAGACAGUGUGACUGUCUGUAUGGAUCCGGCUCAAUCACUUCAAAUAUGAUCUGUGCUGGGUAUGCAGCUGAGGGCAAAGAUUCAUGCCAGGGAGACUCGGGUGGUCCAAUGGUGAACCAGCAGAAUUGGGUGUGGAUCCAGUCUGGAGUUGUCAGUUUUGGAUAUGGGUGUGAUCGACCAGGUUUUCCUGGAGUCUACACUAGGGUGUCCCGUUACCAGGCUUGGAUCAAAUCACACAUUUCUGUUGACCGACCAGGCUUUGUUAAGUUCUCCUCCACUGGAGUGGAUGAUGACAGCAGCUUCUUCUGCCCUACAACCCCAACAUAUACCUCCAGCCCUCAAAGUAAGUUCAACAGUGACGUUCAAAAAGUUUGA